GCGUCUUCUCUGUAGACGGUAGAUUUCUUUUCAAUAGAGAGAGAGAAAGAAAAAGAAACGCAGACACGCAGAAUUUGUUUUUUUUUUCUUGCUACUGAGAGAGAGAGAGAGAUUGCUGAGGGUUUUCUCUGUUUUUCUUUUCUGUUGUUAAGAAGAUUCAGCCGCUGGUUUUUCCUUCUGAAUUGUUUUUCAUAGAAUCCAAUUCCAAUUCCAAUUCCAGUUUUAUUUUUUUUGUUUUUUGUUUCUUUAAUCAUUUUACCCAAAACCCUGAAUCAAAAACAAAAAACCAAUCUUGAUUCUUAUCUUCUGUUUAAGAAGAAUCCCUUUUUUUUUUUUCGUAUUGAUUUUGGUUUUAUCGUUACUGUUUUUGUAUUUUAUAUUGAUACCCCGACGGAAGAAGAAUCCUCCGUCUAUGGGGUUUUAACUUUUAAGGUUUUGAUUAAAAAAAAGAUUUUUCAUUUUCUUCUUCUUCUUUUGGUUUUGUUUUUCUUUUGUUGUUGUUGUUGUAGUAGUAUUAGUUGUAGUAAUUAGAUUGCAUGGGCGAUCUUGAAAUAUGGCCGCCAACGGCAAAUGGCAUAUUAAUAGAUGAAGAAGAAGAAGAUAAUCUUUUUCUUCCGCCACCAUCAUUAACUUCUUCUUCACCUCCAAAUCCAGACCCAAUUUGUAUUGAUUCUCAAUGUUGGUCUAAAGCAGAAGAAACAACUCAAGAGAUAAUAUGUAAGAUUCAACCAACUGUUGUUUCUGAACAUAGAAGACAAAUUGUUAUUCAGUUCGUCCAGAACCUUAUUAGAGGUUAUCUUGGUUGUGAGGUAUGUCCAUUUGGAUCAGUCCCGCUAAAAACCUAUCUUCCAGAUGGAGAUAUUGACUUGACUGCACUUAGCAUUCAAAAUGUUGAGGAUGCUUUAGCAAAUGAUGUUCGGAUUGUGCUCGAAACGGAGGAACGUAAUAAGUCCAGUGAAUUCGAAGUAAAGGAUGUCCAGUACAUUCAAGCUGAGGUUAAGCUCGUAAAGUGCCUUGUACAAAAUAUCAUAGUUGAUAUUUCAUUCAAUCAGAUUGGAGGACUAUCUACAUUGUGUUUUCUUGAGCAGGUUGACAGAAGGAUUGGAAAAGAUCACCUCUUUAAACGCAGUAUCAUUCUGAUUAAAGCAUGGUGUUACUAUGAGAGUCGAAUCCUCGGUGCCCAUCAUGGUUUGAUAUCGACGUAUGCGCUGGAAACCUUGGUCUUAUAUAUCUUUCACCUCUUUCACUCAUCAUUGAAUGGCCCUUUAGCGGUUCUUUACAGAUUUUUGGACUACUACAGUAAGUUCGACUGGGACAAUUACUGUAUCAGUUUAAACGGUCCAGUUAAUGUAAGAUCAUUGCCAGAAAUUGUUGCCGAGGCACCUGACAAUGGUGGUGGUGAGUUGUUGCUGUCUGAAGAAUUUCUAAGGAGAUGUGCGAACAUGUUUGCCCUUCCUUCAAAGGGAUUAGAAACUAAUUCAAGAGCCUUCACUCAGAAGUAUCUGAACAUUGUAGAUCCUUUAAAAGAUAACAACAAUCUGGGGCGCAGUGUAAGCAAGGGCAACUUCUUUCGCAUAAGGAGUGCUUUUUCGUAUGGCGCCCGUAAGCUUGGCCGGAUUCUUUUGCUACCAGGAGAUAUUCAUGAUGAACUUACGAAAUUUUUUGGGAACACAUUAGACAGGCAUGGCACUGGAGUGAGACCUGACGUGCAGGAUUCUCCUCCAGAUUUUAGUGCUUAUGGGUCACAGCACACCUCCUACCAGUCGAUUACUGUGAAAUGCGAUGAAGGUAGGAAGGUUUCAGCAUUGUCAGCUAUAGAUCCUGAUCUCCAUGGGAUGCUAAACAACAGGAUUAGAGACAUUGACAUUUCAGGGAUGGAAAGAGAUUCCCUCAUUCUUAAUGCAGUUGAGGUAGAAAGGUGCACUGACGAAGCGGGUUAUCCCUCUCAAGCAGUUUCGUCAGCCCAUAAUUUUGAAGAUGAAAAUGCAGUAUUAGGAUGUAGUCUGGUUGGUAGUGCAAAAGAGUUAGCCUCAUCCAGAUCUAAAUCUACAUCUACAUCUCUGACUAGCGAAUCGGAUACACCCAAUGUUGUAUCUUCCUUAAAUGACCAGAUAGGCAGUGGAGAUGCAGAUCAAACAAAGGUAACAAAUUCCGGUGCUGUUGAAAACAUGGUUCCACAUGAGAAAUAUGGUUUAGUCUAUUCAUGUUAUGACUAUGAAGGUGGAAUAUCAUCGGGAGGAAGAGAAGAUGUCAGAAGCUCAGAGUAUUCAGAUAAUGGUUACGGAUUAGUUGAAGCUGCCGAAACAGAUGGAAGUCCUAGAGCUCCCCGUCACUUGUCGGAGCUAACUGGUGAUUAUGAUAGUCAUCAUAACAGUUUAGUCUGUGCUCAGUGGUACCAAGGGAUACCCUUUUGGGGUUCUGCUCAUUCCCUUCAUCCAGCACCCCCUCAGUUCCGUAACAAGCAGACAUGGGAUUCGAGCUCCCAUCGAGGGAUGCCUGUGAAGCGCAUGUUGCCUCAUAUGAAUUCUAAUGGUGUUACUCCAGGAGGACCCCAGUUCUUCCCCGCAAAAUCUUCCAUGACAUCUGGUACAUCUUUUGGUGCCGAGGAGAUGCAGAAGCCUCGAGGAACAGGGACGUUUCUCCCCAAUGCUACGAACUAUCGACCUAAUAGGGAGAGGUCGUUCCCAGGUAAAGGAAGGAAUUCGGCAUUUCCAAGUAAUGGUAACUAUCCAAGGUCUCCCCGUGAGAAUGGUUGGGUUGUUCCUCCAUCAGAGACUAACUUGUUCGACAAUGGAAGUAGUCAUGAACUACCACCAAGAAACAUCUCAAACUUUCCAGGUCGUGGGAUUCCUGCACAGUUAGAAGUAUUUCAGAAUGGACCACCUACUCCAAGGGGACUCCUCCCCCAUUCAAAUGGUUUUGUAGUUCCAGAGAAAGUUGAAUUUGGGACAUUCGGGAAUAUGCCAUCAGCUUCCCCUACACAGGAAUCGAGCAGGCAAUUGCCUUCCGGUGGUGCGCUGCAGUAUCCUGUCCCUGUAGCAGCAACGCAGAGACCCAGACCAUCCUUGACUAUUGAUACAGAAAAGGUACCAGUACAGUCGUACCAUAUGAAAGAUGAUGACUUCCCACCUUUGUCCGUUUGAACGGCUUUGGGAGCGGAGGAUCUUGUAUACAAUGACGGAAGCAGGAGCGAGGAUGUCAAAAUGAACAGAGACAGAAAACCGUAAGAGCUAACUAUGCACCGGCUCAAAAACAUGAGCUCCCAAUCAACUCAAAGCCAAUGAACACUGUACUGCUUGUGUUCAUCUUCAUGAUUGUAGUGAAAAUGGCGUGUGUACAUUCUUUUGGUACUUUUUUGCCCGCUCAUCCGCCUUCUAUCCCCUUGGUGGCUUCUUUGUUGGUGGGAUUAGAAAAGAACGGAACCGUUGAGUGAUGGUUUUCCCCCCCUUGGUUUUUUCCCUUUUGGGUAUUUCUCUGCCAUCAGCCCCGCCCCUUUCGUGGGUCUUACUGACCCGUAAAAGAAGGAUAAAAAAGUAAACAUAGGAAAGUCUGUUUGUUGUUGAACCAUUUAUACCUGAAUUUUGGUUGGCAAUUAUAUCUGUUUUAAAAUUUUGUAGAUGUGAUUAUCUCUUACAACUCUUUUUGUCUUACAAUUGUUCCACCAGUGAAAGAAAUUUAUCAGUGUUAUAGCGGAAGCUCAUAGCAAUUGUAGCUACUAGCUGCUGUAGUUGGCUUUACCUUUUGUGCUUACUGUAGGUCUUCAGGUUAUUCAUAUAUGUUCUCCUUCAAAGUUUGCGGACUAUCUCUGUAAAUUCUUUGGUUAUUUUUGAUCAAUUAGUAUCUAAUUUUCAGCUCUUA